AUGCGCAAGAUCGAGGUGCUCAUGGUGCGUGCCCCCCUUCCCUUCGUGCCACCGCCAUCACCUCCUACAGAUUUUUGGUCCCUCCACGACAUGCAGCCACAUCGCGGAUCGACAAUCUCAUUCGAUUCCCUUGAUGACACUCAAAGUGACCCAAACCAGGGUCUAUUCGACUUCAUCGACCAACCUGAGGCUUCGCACCAUGGCCCAUUCAACUCCAUCGACCCUCAAGCCAGUCAGGCAUAUCCUUCUAGUUCAUUGUCAUAUAGAGGCUCUGCAUUGUUUGGCAGGGUCUCUGGAGAUCAGGACACCAUUGAUUUCGAUGGACUCGCCUUCAGUGCAUUCCUUGAAGAGUCUGGAGCUAACACCAGCGGAGCAUCAACAAGUCAUGCCGGCACCACUGCCCCAACACUGAUUCCUUGGUCAGCAGAGAUCGACGCCCUCUAUCCUUUACCACCUCCCCGGGCACUGCAGGGGACCGUCAAGAGAACACAACACUCUUGUCGGAUCCCUGCGCCAUAUCCUCUGCUGGAACCCAAAGUUAUGCCCCUCAGCACAACUACUACAUCGACCCCUCAAACCCUGCAGCAUGCGACAAGUGUGGACGUUCCCAUCACCCCCACAAUAAUUGCACCUACCGACCUCGCUGCUCCCAUUGUCCCUGUCACCCCCAUAGUCAUCUCUAUCGACCCUGCCUCAACAACUCAGUGCACCCGUCUCCAUCCGGGUAUCAGCUGA